AUGAGUGAAGAGAUAUUGUGUCCUUUGGAAGAAUUUUGCCGAAUAGACGAUAUAUGCCGGCUAAAUAUUGUUGAUCCAUUUAUCGCAGGUGGUACCAAAACAUCGAAAUCGAUAAAUACAAAUCUAUUUAAGCCAUGUAGUGAUGCACAAUCACUGCAAGAGCACGUCACAAAUGGAACAAUCGAGAACAUAUUGAUUGAUCACUUCCCAAUGACUAACAAUAUAUCAAAACAGAUUUUUGCUGCACAAAUUAAAAUGUAUCGAGAUUUCAUGGUUGAUCCGAAAUUUCGUUUGUACGAAAAGGAAUUCAAAGCACCUGAACCGCUUAAACAAUUGAAAAUUGUUGCAAAUGUUGAAAUGGAAAUGAAUCUUCAACUAAAUACACUGUGUGCACGUUUUAUGCCUGAUCAAGAUCCGAAGUCUGGUAAAUAUAAAAACCAUUAUUCGUAUGUGCACGGAGAAAACGAUGCCCUCGGAUUAAUGCUGGGACCAGCAAGUUUAAUAAACCACGAUUGUAUUUCAAACACGGAAUACAUAUUGACUUCUCCAAACAUUACGAGCGUACAAGUUUUGGCUAAAAAUAUUGCAUUUGGUGAAGAAAUCACUGUCUAUUAUUCAUCCGAUUAUUUUGGACAUGAAAAUGAAGGGUGUCAAUGUGAUUCAUGUGACAAAGGAAAUACUGUGAUGAUGGUACGCUCGCCGGUCGGUAACGAAAUCAAAAAAUUUAAAUGGUAUUCGAAAAAGUUAACCACUUUGAUUGAUGCGAUUGUCAAUGAAAUUGAAUCUCUUAAAUUUCAAAUUGGUGAAGCAAUUGACGAUGCAAAAAAACUGGAAAUCGAUGAAUACUAUGGUGUUGUUGGAAUAUGCGACCUUACAACUUUACAAAUUAUUCACUGGAUAUAA